AAAAAAAUCUAAAAGUGAGAGAAAGAUUCUGAGUUGUUCAAGAUGUUCAAAAGAUGCUCUUACUAAAUAAAGUAAGAGAAAGGUGAAAUACAAAUUUUGCAUUAGAAUUCUAUAAAGAGUGAACUAAGAAAUCACCACACAAUACAGAAAACUAAGAAAUGGAGAAAGAAACCAAAACCAAAACCCCUCACUGUUUAGUAAUUCCAUAUCCAACACAAGGCCACAUAAACCCAAUGCUUCAAUUCUCAAAACGUUUACUCCAAAAAGGAACAAAAAUCACACUAGUAAACACCAUAUCCAAUUCCAAAACCAUCUCAACCAUAAACCUCAACAAGUCCUUCCAAUUCGAAACCAUCUCAGAUGGUUUCGAUCACGGAGGACUUACCUCCGCGAAAAACAUCGAGACUUACAUCGAUACCUUUCGUCGAACUGGAUCACAGACUCUUGAUCAACUUCUUCACAAGUUAGCAUCAACAGACAAUCCUGUUGAUUGUGUUAUUCAUGAUGCUUUCUUGCCUUGGAUUGUUGAUGUUGCUAAGAAGUUUCAACUACCUGUUGCUGUUUUUCUAACUCAGGCUUGUUGUGUUAAUAGUAUAAACUUUCAUGCUUUUAAGAGAUGGUUGGAUUUACCUUUGUUGGAGACAGAAAUUGUGUUGCCUGGAUUGCCUAAGCUUGAUGCUUCUGAUUUGCCUUCUUUUUUGUAUCAAUAUGGAACUCAUCCAGGAUAUUUUGAUCUUCUUACAAACCAGUUUUCAAUGAUUGACCAAGCUGAUUGGGUUCUUGCCAACACUUUCUAUGAAUUGGAGCAAGAGGUAGUGGAAUGGUUGAUGAAGAUUUGGCCAUUAAAGACUAUAGGACCAUGUGUUCCAUCUAUGUUUUUAGAUAAAAGGCUCAAAGAUGAUAAUGAAUAUGGAGGUAGCAUCUUCACUACAAAUUCUGAAUCUUGCAUCAAAUGGUUAGAUACAAAACCAAAAGGUUCAGUUGUGUAUGUAUCUUUUGGAAGCAGGGCUAGUCUCAGUGAGGACCAAAUUCAUGAGCUAGCUUGUGGUUUGAAAAAUUGCGGAAGAUAUUUCAUAUGGAUUGUUAGAGAAACUGAGAAGGGUAAGCUUCCAAAAGGUUUCUUGGAGUUAUCAGAGAAAGGUUUAAUAGUGACAUGGUGUCAACAACUAGAAGUGUUGGAACAUGAAGCUGUUGGAUGUUUUGUGACACAUUGUGGUUGGAAUUCAACAUUGGAAGCAUUGAGUUUAGGAGUUCCUGUUAUUGCUAUGCCAAUAUGGACAGAUCAAAUUACAAACGCGAAGUUUUUUGUUGAUGUAUGGAAAAUUGGAGUCAAAGGUGUUGCGGAUGAGAAAGGGAUAGUUAGAAGAGAAACACUUGAGGAUUGUAUAAAGGAAAUGAUGGAGACUGAAAAGGGAAAUGAAAUGAAGAAGAAUGCUAUGAAAUGGAAGAGUGCGGCUAGGAAUUGUGUUGACGAAGGUGGAAGUUCGGAUGAAAAUAUUGCAGAUUUUGUGAAAGAAUUGACUCUAAGAGGGAGGGUUUAAUUGCUUGUAAAAUCAGUGUGUUGCUUCAAAAUAUGAUCUGCUAUGUCAUACUGUAUAACGCCUAUACUUCAAAUGGAAGGUGUCUAUCAUGUCAAACACGACACGACACAGAUACUUUUUUUUUCUGGUUUACGGCGUGCAUUCGGUUUUAUGCGAUUAUGCUCUUCUGCGCUUUAGUGUUUCAGCUACUGCAUAAUUCUGCGCUGCUGUUGCAUUUUCUUGUUUUGACAAAUUUUUACUGACCCUCUGGCCUUUGUCACAAUUAAGUAUUGAUUUAUACGGCAAUGUGUUAUUUCUUUUGUGCUUGUUCUCGUGCAAUGCCUUGCUUAUUUUCUACACGAAACAGUUGUGAAUUUUUACUGAAUGAAUUUAUCAUCCUAGUACUUCAUACCUGUUUCUUACCGGCACAUAUCCCCGACUCUUCGAGGUCCUUUCGAGGAUCUGUUUUCGGCAGAUUUAUUAAAAGUCUUUGAGGAACGUGCCCGGCCAAAGGGGAACAGACCUUUCAAAUAUCCUUUUCAUUCCUCUGAGUAAAACUCUGUUGGCAGAUUUUGCUUAGUCGUUGGUAUGAGGCUGCUCCACUAAUAUGAAGUGGUGUUUGACCCCAAGAUCUUGAAAAUAUCAUUCAGAUUUUAUCUGUGAAUUGUGUAUUCUUGUUCCUAAUGACGGAUUGUGGAAUCUCAUAUGUUGCUAGGAAAUUCUUCAAUAAGAAUUUCUGAAUAUUGGUUGUGGUUACUUUAGCUAAGGUUUCAGCUUCAAUCUACUUGGUGAUGUAAUCCAGAACCACAGUCUUUUCAAUCUUCUAAUAGCAGGCUUCAGAACUUGCUAGUGCCUUGCAAAUGAAUUAUAUUGGGUUCUAAUUGGUGUCUACCUUCGUAACUAGGACAAUACUCAAUGUUCAGUGAAAACAACUGAGAUAUUGUCCUAUCUAGACAUGCGUUGAAAUCUGCGUUGUUGGCAUCUAGAAGGUCCUAUCUAGAAGAAUUGAAUUUUUUUAGCUUCUCCCUCAGAUGGAGGGCAGUCGCAUCCAGGUUUUCUCUAGAGGUUUUUAUGGUAGUGAGACGGUCCUUCCAAGUCUGCAUAGAUAAUCACUCACUCUUCAUGAUUGUGGUGAUAUUCUAUCUUCAGGUCAACUGGAAAAGCAAAGGUGUCAAGGGUUUCUACAUAAUAUCUCACCUUAAUGGGUUGUUCUGGCUUCUGGGUUAUCUCUAGAUUACAAUUCUCUCUUCUUAUAUACCCAUCAAAUCUGUAAUCCUUCUCUUCAUGGUUCCUUUGAAUGGUAUCCUCGGAUGUAGUAACCCACUAACCCUCCAGUGAUAGAAGUAAUGAAAUGAUAUCCCUAGGUAACAGAUGCUACAAAUAUUCUUGUCUUACUCAUUUUCUUCACUACCAUCUUUGCCUUUGUUUAGGCCCUCAAUGGUUUAAAUUGUUAUUCUCUGACUGAUGAUCAAAUUUGGUGUCCACGUGCUCAAUGUGCUUGUCAAGGUCUCUAGACCCAUCACAAAUCUUCAAAUUAGGUCCCAUCUCACGAGAUUUAGGAAUCCCGUAUUCAGUCAUGUGUUUGGUGAAUGAAUUGUUUCGAUGGGGUGAAAGUGUGAUGGUUGCCACCGUGCUCAUGUUCCCUUUAGAGGAUUGAUAGAAAGAUUUCGUGGGACAUCACUCCUUAGGUGGUGUGUGAUUAUCUCCGCCUCUAUAAUCACAAGGAGAAUUAUGUCCAUGGGGAUUACGAAGAUGCUUUUCUAGAAACUAUCACACUCUUUGGUUGCGACGCAACAUCGACAAGAGCGCCCCUCUAGAAUGGUCAUAUAUGUCAACACCUCUAGUUGAGUUGCGAUAUGAGAAGUGGUAUUCUCAAUAUAUUGAGGAUUCUCGUAUUAAGGAGGUUAAUGUUUUGUUGUUAUACCAAUUUAUUGAUGUUCGUCAUGAGUUCGUUAGCACCAUGGAUCCUUGCGGAUUGGAGUUUUUGAAUGUUGUGUGAUAGUUCUAGUCUAGAGGAUUGGAAAGAUAGUGGAGGAGGAAGUUGAGACAAAGGAUGAAAUAAAAAUUGUCUUUGGCACAACAAAAAGAAUGAUCCUUUGAAAAUUGUGGAGGUUUGAAUAAUUUUAAUUUAAAACAAAAUUAUUUGUAAAAUUAGAGUUUGAAAAUAAUUUUAGUAAAUAUGCAUGAAAAAUCAAAGGAAAGAAUGAUAUUGGAAAAUAAAAGGGUUAAGAAGAAUUUUUUCACAAACCUCCUUAUACAAGAAAAAUUUUCAGUCUAAUUUCUAACCAAACAACUAUUAAGGCUUAUAGAGGUUAGUCUCCAAACCCAACAGAGUCUUUGCAUUGGCUAAUUUCGAACAAUGACGAAUUUUUCAGUAGGUUAUCCUUCAAACCGAAUCAGGGUUUUACAAGACUAACCACAAAUCAAAUCGAGAUUUAUACCAAGAUGAUCUCGAACCUAAUGAUCUAUUACACCAGGCUGAACUCAAAAACCAAGAGAGAUUUUAAUCGAAAUGAUCUCGAGAUAGAGCUUUUUAAUGGGAUGCGCUUAAGAACCGUUGUGGAGUUUUUCACUAGCUGAUCUUCAUGAACAAAAAAAAUAGUUUUUUCUUCAAUGGAGAAAUUCACUAACCAAGCAGAGACUUUCUAAGACAAGCCCCUAAUACAAGCAAAGGCUUUUAAUUGGUUUAACUCAUAACCGAAAUAUUAACUUCCUAUGGAAGAAUUAUUUACACGAGGAAAUUACACUCUUCGUAAAUUUACAAUUUUUCCAUCACCUAAAAUAAAUAUCUUUAUUUAGACACAAGAACACUCUUGAAGUAAUAUUGCUAAAAUAUGUGAGAAAAUAUGAAAUAUUUAGAGAGGUGAUGGGAUAUAUGAACUACAAGGGUUUUUCUAAUUUUCUGGAUGUUUAAAAGUGAUAUAGAAGCACUUUAUUUAUGAACAACCCUACACCCUUUGCUCCCAAGGCAUACGUGAUGGUUCUUAACGGGGAAUAUAGUGCAAGUUACAUAGAGUCAAGGGGCACCACACUAAAAAUUUCUACCACCUCAAAAAGGAAAUCAAGAGACUAAUACAUGAGGUACACCUCAUUAAAUGCGUGAAGGGUGACUCCUUCUAUUUGUCACAUAAGUCUAACUCACGAGGGUGACAUGACGCUGGAAGCCCCAGGCUCAACAAAGAAAAGGAGGCGUCUCAAAGAGAAGGGAAUAAAGCUACACAAUAUACUCUCAACACCAUAGAAGAAGGAUUCUCCAGAUGCGGGGAAACUAGCUCGGCUCGAAGAAGGUCCCCUCGCCUUAUUCCAAGUGUAGAAAACCUCCAUAAAGUUGAGAUUAAAGAAAAUAUCUAAACACCAAAAACCACAAUCGCCUUCUUGAGGAAAGAUGCAGUAGGAAUCCACCCUUAUAAUGAUGACCCCAUGGUCAUUAGCAUCAAGCGCGAAGACUAAGAAAUUAAAAGAGUUCCCAUUGACCAAGGAAGUUCCACAAACAUAUUAUACUGUAAAACAUUUGAAAGACUUCGCCUCAGCCCAAAAGAUUUGAAGCCUCUUAGAGGACCGUUGUCGGAUUCUCUAGAGAACUGGUACUAGUAAAGGAAUAUAUCAUCUUGAGGAUCACUUUUUGAAAAGAAGACUAGACCGAGAUAAACGUUAGAUAUUUGGUUAUUUACGCCCUUCUUUGUAUAA